AUGAUGAUUGCAAAUCAUUUUAAGUGUUUGUUGGUUCUUGCAUUAUUAGGAAUUUUCUGGAGUUGGAUGUUCAAAAUGGUCAACUAAUUUUAAUCAAAUAAUAUAAUGUUAAUUGAAUCUAUAAAAUAGAACUAACUGUUAUUGGACAGGUACUUUUGUACAAUUAUUAAGAUUAAUAAUUUAAAUAUAAAUAAUAACAAUUUUCAGAUGCUUCUAAAAUAGAUUAAACUAAUAAUAGUCAAUGCACCACUUUGUUAAAUAAUUGUAUUUUUGAUCAUUCUCAAGGUGGAUGCAAAAAUAGACCUAAUUCAAUGGCCCGCACAUCUCCCCCUAAUAUUGAUUAGUAAAGUACUCAUUAUGAAUGUUUUGUAUGGAAUCCAAAAUGUACAGAAAUAUUCUCUUUAGCUGCUGAAGGAUGUGAAAAAAAGAAUCUAAUUACAGAUAUUUUCAUUUGUAAAUUAACUCUAACUUAAUAUAAUAUACUAUUAUUAUAAUUCCUUAUGUUGAAGUAUGCUUGUUUCUUAAAAUAAUAUUAGUAGUUUUCAUUGUUAACAAUUAUAUUUAGGAUAAUUAUGCUAAUAUGCAACUCACAAUUGCAUCCAAUGGAUAGCAUACAUUUUCAUUUCUUACAAAAGUGA